UUUCAAAAUUUUCUAUUCUCCUUAACCAAAAAACCACCAAACAUUUCAAUUCUUUGCAUACAUUUAAACAGAGAUAGAGAAGAAUGACAGCAUUUCUAAUGGAGCGCUACUCGUCGGAAACUAAAUCUGCCGAUUCAAUACCGGAGAGUGAAAACGGCGGCGUUUUGAGCGUCUGCGAUGCCCUGGCCGACCUCCAGGGGGUUGUAGACUACGGCCCCACCUCCGCGAGCUUAGCGGCUAAGGAUUUCGGCGGCUUGCAUGCCGUCAAGCCGCUGGCUGUCGUGAGCCCAGCCAGCGCCGAUGACGUGGCGCGGGUGGUUAGGCUGGCGUUACGGUCACCCUCCCUCACCGUCGCCGCCAGGGGCAACGGCCACUCCAUCAACGGCCAGGCUAUGGCCCACCGCGGCCUCGUCGUCAACCUCAGAUCGCUGGUCGGCGGCUGCGAGAACGCCGGGAUCACCGUCGUCCGCCGAUGCGGCAACGGCGGCGGCGGGGCCUACGCUGACGUCAGCGGCGGGGCUUUGUGGUCCGAGGUGCUGAAACGGUGCGUUUCGGGGCACGGGCUAGCGCCCCGCUCGUUUACCGAUUAUCUGGACUUAACGGUGGGCGGGACGUUAUCUAACGCCGGCGUUAGUGGCCAGGCCUUCCGUUUCGGCCCACAAACGUCAAAUGUAACGGAGCUAGAAGUCGUCACCGGAAACGGAGAUAUCGCCGUCUGCUCCGAAACCCACAAUUCCGAACUCUUCUACUCCGUUCUUGGUGGUCUCGGCCAAUUUGGUAUCAUCACUAGAGCUCGGGUCAUGCUUCAACCCGUCCCGGAUAUGGUGAGAUGGAUAAGAGUAGUGUACAGUUCGUUCGAGGACUUCACUCAAGAUGCAGAAUCGUUAGUGACUCGAGACGAGUCCUUUGAUUAUGUGGAAGGUUUUGUGUUUGUAAAUAGUGAUGACCCAGUGAAUGGGUGGUCUUCGGUGCCAUUGAAUUCCGAUCAUCAGCUUAACCCAACUUUUAUACCUAAAGAUGCUGGUCCUGUUUUGUAUUGUCUUGAAAUGGCUCUACAUUAUAAAAAUAGUGAUCAUCCCUCGGCCAUUAAUAAGAAGGUGGAGAGAUUGGUUGGAGGGUUGAGAUAUUGCAAAAAGUUAAGGUUUGAAGUGGACGUAAGUUAUAUGAAUUUUUUAUUGAGAGUGAAGAAAGUGGAAGAGCACGCGAGAGCCAAUGGGACAUGGGACACUCCACAUCCAUGGCUCAAUCUCUUCAUUUCGAAGAAAAACAUUGCUAGUUUUGAUCGUGUUGUGUUUAAAAAGAUGCUCAAGAAUGGAAUAGGUGGUCCUAUGUUGAUCUAUCCCAUGCUUCGCAGCAAGUGGGAUAAUCGCACUUCAGUGGUACUGCCUGACAGUGAAAUCUUCUAUCUAGUUGCACUUCUCCGUUUUUGUCCUCAACGCUCGAAUGGGCCCCCACUACGAGAAUUAGAACAAAACAGGGAAAUUGUGCAAUUUUGCAGAAAUAGUGGGCUCGAUUUCAAAUUAUACUUUCCUCACUACAGCUUCAAGGAUGAAUGGAUGCAACACUUUGGGGAUCAAUGGUCCAGAUUCGUCGACAGAAAAUCUGCGUUUGAUCCGAGGGCUAUCCUGGCUCCAGGACAGAAAAUCUUUACUAGGAAUCAACAACUCCUGUAAUAUAUACAGCACUGGCCUGGUCUUGUCAGUCAUUAAGUCUAUAUUUGAUUAUAUCCUCUUUUUAUUUUAUUUAUUUUUGUAAUUGUUCUAUUUUAACAAGAAUAUAUAAUUAACAAA